CCGCCGCUGCUGCCACCGUCUUCGCGGCUGCUAUGACCAGCGGGCAAGGCGCCCUCCGCAGCUCCGCGCAGCGCUAGUCGCGGCCGUGCGCCCGCCGUCGCUGUCUGGGUCCCCAGCGCAGCCGCUCCCGCGGCUCUCUCGGCUCUUCCAGCACCGCCUUCGAGGCGAGGCGGAGGCAGGAUGAAGAUGACGGUGGAUUUCGAAGAGUGUCUGAAGGACUCGCCCCGCUUCAGGGCUGCUUUGGAAGAAGUAGAAGGAGAUGUGGCAGAAUUGGAACUAAAACUUGAUAAGCUUGUGAAACUUUGUAUUGUGAUGAUUGAUACCGGAAAGGCCUUUUGUGUUGCAAAUAAACAGUUCAUGAAUGGGAUUCGAGACCUGGCACAGUAUUCUAGUAAUGAUGCUGUAGUUGAGACAAGCUUGACCAAGUUUUCUGACAGUCUUCAAGAAAUGAUAAAUUUUCACACAAUCCUAUUUGACCAAACUCAGAGAUCAAUUAAAGCACAGCUUCAGAACUUUGUUAAAGAAGAUCUUAGAAAAUUUAAAGAUGCCAAGAAGCAAUUUGAGAAAGUCAGUGAAGAAAAAGAAAAUGCACUAGUAAAAAAUGCUCAAGUACAAAGAAACAAACAGCAUGAAGUUGAAGAAGCCACGAACAUUCUGACAGCAACAAGAAAAUGUUUUCGACACAUAGCCCUCGACUACGUACUUCAGAUUAAUGUCCUUCAAUCAAAAAGGAGAUCAGAAAUCCUAAAAUCAAUGUUAUCUUUUAUGUAUGCCCAUUUGGCCUUCUUCCAUCAAGGGUAUGAUCUAUUUAGUGAACUUGGGCCCUACAUGAAGGAUCUUGGUGCACAGCUGGAUCGACUGGUUGUGGAUGCAGCAAAGGAGAAAAGAGAGAUGGAGCAAAAACAUUCUACCAUUCAGCAAAAGGCUGCAUUACAGGAUUUCUCCAGUGAUGAUUCUAAGUUAGAAUAUAAUGUAGAUGCUGCAAAUGGCAUUGUUAUGGAAGGAUAUCUAUUCAAACGAGCCAGCAAUGCCUUCAAAACUUGGAACAGGAAAAAGCCCGAUCAUAUCAGACGCUGGUUUUCAAUACAGAACAAUCAGUUGGUUUACCAGAAAAAGUUUAAGGAUAACCCCACUGUGGUAGUGGAAGAUCUCAGGCUCUGCACAGUGAAACACUGUGAAGAUAUAGAACGACGCUUCUGCUUUGAAGUAGUCUCUCCAACAAAAAGUUGUAUGCUUCAGGCAGAUUCUGAAAAGCUGCGCCAGGCAUGGAUUAAGGCUGUUCAGACCAGUAUUGCUACUGCUUAUAGAGAGAAGGGUGAUGAAUCAGAGAAGCUGGAUAAGAAAUCAUCUCCAUCCACAGGAAGCCUAGAUUCUGGAAAUGAGUCAAAAGAUAAAUUAUUGAAAGGAGAAAGUGCACUGCAGCGAGUCCAGUGUAUUCCUGGCAAUGCCAGCUGUUGUGACUGUGGUCUGGCAGAUCCACGGUGGGCCAGCAUCAACCUGGGCAUCACCCUGUGUAUCGAGUGUUCUGGGAUUCACCGGAGUCUUGGAGUUCAUUUUUCAAAAGUACGAUCUUUAACUUUAGACACAUGGGAGCCUGAGCUUUUAAAGCUUAUGUGUGAGUUGGGAAAUGAUGUUAUAAAUCGAGUUUAUGAAGCUAAAGUGGAAAAAAUGGGAAUAAAGAAACCACAACCGGGGCAAAGACAGGAGAAAGAGGCAUAUAUCAAAGCAAAAUACGUGGAGAGGAAAUUUGUGGAUAAAUAUUCUAUGUCAUCAUCACCUCCUGAGCAGGAAAAAAAGACUGUCUCCAAAAGUUCUGAAGAGAAGAGGCUGAGCAUUUCUAAACUUGGGCCCAGUGACCAAGUCAGAGUACCUCCCCAAAGUUCAGUGGUUGCUGUAAAUAGCGACGAGGCCAGGCGGGAGUCUCUGUUCUGUCCUGAUGAGCUAGAUUCACUCUUCUCCUACUUUGAUACUUCUUCAAAACUGCGUAGUAUCAAAAGUAAUGAUAGUGGAAUCCAGCAGAGCUCUGAUGAUGGAAGAGAAUCUUUACCCUCCACAGUGUCUGCCAAUAGUUUAUAUGAGACUGAGGGAGAAAGGCAAGAUUCUUCUGUGUUUCUCGACUCUAAACAUUUUAACCCCGGACUCCAGCUUUAUAGGGCUUCAUAUGAAAAAAAUCUUCCUAAAAUGGCUGAGGCUCUGGCUCAUGGUGCAGAUGUGAACUGGGCUAAUUCAGAGGAAAAUAAAGCAACACCACUUAUUCAGGCCGUAUUAGGGGGUUCUUUGGUGACCUGCGAGUUUCUCCUACAGAAUGGUGCUAACGUGAACCAGAGAGAUGUGCAGGGGCGGGGCCCACUGCACCAUGCCACUGUCUUGGGACACACAGGGCAGGUAUGUUUAUUUCUAAAACGAGGUGCCAAUCAGCAUGCCACCGAUGAAGAAGGGAAAGACCCUUUGACUAUCGCUGUGGAAGCAGCCAAUGCUGAUAUAGUGACUUUGUUACGUUUAGCAAGAAUGAAUGAAGAGAUGCGGGAAUCAGAAGGACUUUAUGGACAGCCAGGUCAAUAUUCUACUAAUAACCAUACUGAAAUGCAGUAUAAGAAAUGCAUUCAGGAAUUUAUUAGUUUACAAUUGGAAGAUUCGUAGUUCUUUAGCAAACUGACUUAAUACCCUAGAGUAUUUUGUAUAACUUACUUGUAAAUUGUGAGUUGUUAUGUAUUGUACCUACUGAAUUCUUGGGAGCUAACUCCUGAGCCUUUAAAACUCCGUAACUAUUCCUACUACAGUACACAUUUACUUGCUGUGUUCAACUUUGGCUGCUGACUUCUUUACUGCUGUACAGAUGUCUUCCAUAUACAUUCCAGUGACUUGAAUGGAAUGAUAACCUAUCUUUGUAUCUUUACAGCAGCACAAUAGUCAUUUUCAUUUUGGAAUUCUCUUUAGCUGUCAAAUGAAUAUAACAGAGUUGUUUUCUUUUUGUUAUUCAGGGAAUUUCUAUAAAUUGUGUUCAGGGAAAAAAACCAAAUCACCAUGUGUUUGGCAUAUAAAAAGGCAGUAUGGCAAAUACCUAGAAAAAGUUUACUGAAUGAGGAGUUGCAUAAUCUGAUCUAAAAAUAAGUUGUAGGUUUAAAAAUAAAAUUUAGGAGUGGUUUAAUAAGUCCAUAAAGAGAAUGGAGUUAGUUUAAAAGGUAUAAAGAAAAGGUUUCACUUUAUCGUAGUUUUGCCCCCAGCGAUCAUACAGUAUCUUUUGGAUAAAUGUAAGUAUUUAAUACAGUAUUUCAUGAACCUGAUGGCAGAGUAGCUUGUUAGAGAAACCUCAACUCAGGAUCAACUCACGUCUCAUUUUGAGUAAUUUUCACCUUUGCGUCAAGAAGUCAGGAAAAGGACGAAUGUUGCUAAUCAGAUUCCUUUUUUUUAAGGAACAUAUCCUAAUUAGACAUUCUUCACAAAGAAAAGAUUAAUAAUUGGAUCUCCAGUCUCAUGAAUUUGAGUAUAUGAAUUACUAAUUUGUUUGUUUGAAAUUCAUAUACAUAUUAGUAAAAAAUUCCAGGAAUUCAUGACCAAAAUAAUUGAGAAUAUUAGUUUCAAUAAGUAUAUUUGAUUUUUUAAAAAUGAAUAUUAAUAUAUUAUUUUUAAAGGGGCUUAGUAAUAUCAUCUAUUCUUCCUGUUUAAAUAUGUUUUGAAAUUUCAGUAUUUUAUGCUAGCUUUAGCCAUUAACUUUUACUUUAACUGGAUUAAUAUAUAAUUAAUAUAAAUAUGGGGCCAUUCUUUUCUCAGAGGACUAUAUCUACUACUUAUUGUUGGUCUAGUUUAAGAGGGAAUAAGUAAGAACUUUGAGACUAGAGGCACUUCAGCUAGUAGCUUCUAAUCUAGGGUGUCCCAUUUUAAUCCUAUGGAUCAAACAAUACUGCUGACUCACGGUGUACCAAGAUGUAAGAGUGCUGAUUAAGGGUGAAGUGUCAGCGUUAAUUCUGAAUUUCACCCAUUUGUUUUAAACUUGAAUGUUAGAUUUUAAAUAAGUUAUAAUUUUGUAACAGAAUAUACUUAAGUGAGAGUAUUACUAGGCCAUUUUUGAGGCCUUUGUGUUUAAGCACUUUAAAAAUAAAAAUUAUUCAAAGAAUAUGACCUGAUAUUUGUGAGGUUAAGAUUGAACUUCAGGAUUUUAAGUUAAAUAAUUCUUAUUCCUGAACUUUUAAACUUAAAUGUUUGGUCAGCUGUUCUUUCCUUAAGCUAUUUGCUAAUGAAGUUAUACCCAACUGAUUAGUCUUAAGGUCAGUGGUCGAUUUUCCUUUGGAGUUGGGAAGCUUGAAAGGACAGGGCCUCCAUAUUCUUGUGACUUCUAGUUCCACCCAGAUUGCUUCUGCUGCCACCAUUUAGGAGUGCUCAAAUGUCUCUCACUGUCAUUUUAUGUAUGUUUAUGAGUAAACACUUUCCUUUCCUCAGUAGAAAAAUGAAUUUUUCCAAUUUAUUUGACUGAAAAUUUGAACAAAAAAGCCUCACUUAAAAAAAUUUUUUUUUUCUGGCACUCUCAAAUUUUAGUUUAGAGGUUAAAAACAGAUCAGAAUUCUGGAGAUGGUGUAUCAGCAGAAUAAAAUGAGAGGAUAAUCUUGAUAAUAUAUUUUUAAUGCAUUUAUGGGGUCUCAUGUAAAGCAGAACAAUUUUAUAUACUUAUACAGAUGUGGUGAAAUGGCACAGCAGUUGCUCUCUGGCUACUUUUCUUUUUCUUCAUGAGUCUUUGGAGAGCAGAAAUGUUUGCUCAGGCAGUAGGUUUUUCUUUCCCUCUACUUGUCACUGCUCUUUUUCUCUCAUUAAUUUUGGUUGAUUGUUUUAUCUAGAUCCUUUUUUGUUGUUGUUCCCUAGCAAUACCUCAGAAUUGUGGGUAAUUUUAAAAUGCAGGUAUUUUCAAUCUUUGAUAAUGAAGAGCCCUAUCACUUAAAAGUCUCAGAUACAAUCUUUGGAAAUCAUGGACUUAUUUCUGAGAAACCCCACUUCUGAACCUUUUAUCUACAACCCUGAAACUCCCUGUUUUUUUGCCAGGCGCUAUAGUAGCACACAUUUCUUGAAGGGAGGAUGUAUCCCUCUUUAUCAGUUCCUACAACUCUAAAGAGGACUGGGUGAGUGAGUGAAAUACCACGCCCUGCUCUCAGUUGUUGGAAACCACUUUGGUGGUUCCCACAGUAUCUGGCUCUGUGACUCCUCUUGAUUGUUGGCAGAGUUUCUCAGCCAGCUGAAAGUUCUUGCUUUACAGAACCACUACUGGUUAUGUGACUAGGUUGCUGGCAAUGGUUGAUCACUGAUCAGUUUUCAAAGGAAGCUGUAAUCAACCCAGAAAGGGUGGGAUCAUAUACUUGAUCACCUGAAGGUGGGGUGUCAUGUGCUGCCAUCUCUUUGAGGGGAGUGCAUUUUAAGGGCAAAAUUAACAAAACCUUGGAUCAUCAUAAUUGCUGUUGCAAUGGAUAUUCUGAAUACCAAAAAUCAAAAACUAUUUUAAACUAUCAGUGGACAUAUAGCAGUGCACAUUUUAAAAACCCAGCACUGUCUGGGCAUAUAGAAAAGUUAACUAUUGGGAGAGAAAUACAAUGUGAUUAAGUAAUUUAAAGGAUAUAAUGUAGCGUUACAAAUACUGGGUGAUUAGUUGCUUACCAUUUAUAAUAAACUGUUAAAUGUACUUCUGUGAACUUUCCAGGGCAGCAUAUUCUGGGUUAUUGUUUAUGUAUUGUAGUGUAGACAAGUUAUAUUUGCCUUGGGAAAAAUUCUUAAUGAUUAAAAUUAUACUUAAAUUUUAAAGAAUCACAUUGAAGUUCAAUUUAUGUUAAUGAUAUUAAAUAUCUUAGUCACUAUUGUUAUUGUAAUGUUUGCUUUUUGAUAAUACAUUUUGAGACCUAAGAAAGGUAUUUUAUUGAUAGUCCAUUAAUUAAUGUUUUGUUAGAAACUGAACGUUAACAGGAAGUUUUGUGUGUGUGUGAAGGUGAGACUUCCUUUUGUAUUGUAUUAACUCUUAAAAUGUAUUCGUGAAACCAAUGAUUAGUGUAGCACCAACACUUUCCUUCAAGGAAGCAUUUAAUUCAGUGAAUAAAAGAUCUUAUAAUUUGUUUUGCA